CUCAAAAAUUAACCCGAACCAGUACUCAACCAGCAAUGAAACUAUUCAUCGCGUUCGCCUUGCUCGUCGUGGCUGCUGCUCAGGAAACCACAUAUAAUAACCGAUACGACAAUAUCGAUGUUGAUGAGAUCCUGAAAUCGGAUCGCCUCUUCAAAAACUACUUCAACUGCUUGUUGGACGCUGGUCCAUGCAGUCCGGAAGGAAACGAUCUGAAGAAGUACCUGCCUGAUGCGCUGGAAACUGGAUGCGCCAAGUGUACCGAGAAGCAACGAGAAACCGGAAACAAAGUCAUCGCGUGGUUGAUCGAGAACCGUCCGACGGAGUGGAAUACGCUGAAGAGCAAAUACGAUCCGGAAAACAAACUGACCGAGCGUUACAGGGAGACGGCUGCCAAGGCUGGGAUUACUCUGUAAUAUGGUUUAUCGUGAUUAAAUAUGAUGAAUUUUCAA